AUGACGGACCGCCUCGCAUCGUUUGCAGCGCGUCUCUGCCUCACAGCAGAAGUAAUGACUCGCCGGGGCGCGAGCAUCCACCGACAGAAUCAAGUCGUUCGAUCCCUCUGGCCAGGGGCGCUGUGCCACCAGGUAGGCUCGUUCCCCACGAGAACCAGUUUGAUGAGUAGGUGCGUGUACAGCUUUUCUUUCCGCUCCUCCUCCCCAUCACCUGCGCGAUGGAAUCGGUCGGGACUGACGAUGGGAUGGAUGAGCAGUGAUGUCGACCUUCUCGUCUCCAUCCCUGGAAUGGAUGACGAGCGGAGAGGCGUGGUUGAGGCGGCCACCCGUAUGAAGGAUGCUGUCGCCAAGAAUAAUAUCUCCAAGCCGUGGAAUUGCAUGGUGAUAUCGGGGGCUAGGGUCCCCAUAUUGACGUACAUGGAUGAGAACGAGACGCCGCCACUUAAGUUUGAUAUAUCGUUUCAGAAAGAUAACGCGGUCAAGAAUACCACGUACUUGAUUGAGAAGUUUGACGAGAGGCCGUUUAUGAGGGAUAUUGUCAUUCUUUUGAAGUAUUGGUGCGUUCUUCCCUUCUCCUGGCUUUCAUUGUGGGUUAUGCGAAUUGGAUCGGAUGCGGGCGAUUUACUUGGAGUGAAUCUAGGCUACGGGAGAAGCAAUUAAACGAGGUCUAUAAAGGCGGUUUGGGGUCUUAUUGUGUGUCUUUGACGGUUAUUGGUUUUUUUAACGUAUUGAUACACGAUCCCCCCCGAGUUCGGGUGGCCCGCUUUCCGGAGCUGACUGGAGCGGCGGCGUUAGUUCAAACGAAGGACCUUGGGUUGGCAAGAGUAUGAAGCCUUCAUCGCCGGUCCUAGGUACAACAUGUUUGUGGAGUAUCUCGAAUUCUGGACAAGCUGGAGAUAUAGGGAAGAUACGAUGAUUCCGGAUCCUGGGGUGAUACUGACAAAGGUACUACGGCCCGUUAUUCCAUCGCAGAAUUACUGUUAUUGUUGCUAAUCCUGCACACAGGGACAAAGCACGAGAAAGCCGUUAGGAUUCAUGCUCCGAAUCAUAGAUCCCACCGACCCGGAAAACGACGUCGGGAAGGGAUCCCACAAGAUUCCCAGGGUCGUCCGCGCAAUGGUAAAGCUGAAACAGGCGAUACAGCGCCUCGGGCCGGACAUGGAGUUCCCGGCGCUGGACCGAGUGCUCAGCGGCACCCCGGCGGAGAAGGAGAUGUUCCUGACACAGAAGGCUCACCAGGAUCGCAACAACCGGAAGAUGCAACUGCAGAUGGAAAGGAGGCUCAGGAGGGCGGAAAGGAACGCGGAGAAGGCGGCGGAGAGGAGAGGGAGGAUAGGCCCAGCGGUACAGAAGUCCCUGGAAAAGCUCAGAGAGAAGCAUGAGCAGUUCAUCACCAGGAGACCAACUCUCGCCGUCGAAGUGGCUAUGGAAGAGUUCCUGCGUAAAAACCCUGGUAGCUCCGAGCAGGAUCUUCCAGGCCUCAGACACGGUCCCGGCCCGGGCGACAGAGGGGCGGAAUCGGCCACAACGAAUGCCGGGAGUCCUGUUCCCAUGGAGGAUACGGGGAAAUCUCCUGAGCAACUGGAAAGGGAAGCAAAGCAUGCUGCCACUAUAGAGAAGAAACGGCUGAAGAGGGAGAAGAUGCUUCAAAAGCGGGAGGAGAGGAAGAGAGAAAAGAAGGAGAGGAAAGUGCGGAAAAGAAUGGAAGCCGAGAGGAGGAAGCAGCUGGCGGAGGAAGAGAAAUUGGCCAACGGGAGGGAAAGUUGCUAAGAGAGUUAAAGGAGAGGAGGCUGGCGAUUUACGGGAGGUGCCGAAGGCAGGGCUUGAAGGCGGACAAUGUAACCGAACAGUGGUAGUUGAAGGGUGCUGUGUAUAAAAAAGUUGUAACAAAAGUUUCUCAUGA